GUUUUUGGAGAGUUCUAUGCACACAUCAAAAAUCGUAAAAGCAAUCUGUUUAUUUAUUAAAUUCACAAUACUUUUUAAAGGAGCCAAAUUUAUGCGUUAUAACGAAUGUUAAGUGUUUAUCUGAUUUUAUAAUCGUCAUUCUACUGACCAGAGACAACUUGUCUCGGCUACUGACAUUGAUAUGGCACAAUUAGAAGAAGUUAAGAAAAUUCUUAGAAGUCUUUUAGUAUCAGCUCCAGUUAAAGUAACAGUGUCAAGUUUGAACAAGGAUUAUAGGUCUCUUGAAGGACGUGGUAUCCCUUUCAAGGAAUUAGGGUAUAAUUCAUUACUUCACCUGUUACAUUCUAUACCUGAUGUUUUAAGAGUAAAUGGUUCAUCAUUUGAAUCAGAAGUUACCUUGAUUAUUACUGAAAAGGUUGCUCAUGUUAACGAUAUGGUGAUGAAACAGAAAAAACCAAGUAAAGGCAAAAAUGCUCAUGCAGCUAGAAAAAGUGUGCUUCAGGAUCAUCAGUUGAAAUGCCAUCCUAGCAAGACAAAUGCUGACCUUCGUGGAAAUGAUUUAAUAAAAUUCAAUAAUGUCAAAUAUGAUGUGGGAAAACCAGCAUCACCUCAGAGUUGUUUUAAUGGUGUUAACAUAUUAUCACCUUUUCCGAGACCAUUGCUACCAAGAGAUGUGAAAGUUCCUUUAUUAACAAAACAAUUAGAGAAUAAUACGCCUAGGAUAGACUUGAGUUUUGAUGAAAAAUCAAGUAAUGCUUUUGAUAGUGAAGGAAAUAGUUCUACAUCAUCUUAUGGUUAUGUUCAGGAUAUUGUGGUGUCAGUUCCUUUUUCUCAAAGUUUACCCAUCAAAUGUGAGAGAGUUCCCAGUUUAUCAAAACAUAUGCCAGAAAAUGUCAAUAAAGAAGAAUCCAGUAUUGAGAAGCAAAGCUCUUCUUCUCCAUCAAGAUUUGAGAAAUUGAAAUUAAGUAGGUUAAGAAAUCGAAAUGAAAUGAACAAAAAUGAACUCAAAUCAAAGAAUUUGACAACAGUCUUAAGAGAUUGUAUUAACAAAAGUGAUGAUAUUAUAAGUUUUGAAGGCGAAAUAAAAAAAGUGCCUUCUGAAGUCCAGAGCAGAUUGAAAGAGCUAAUUAAGUUAUACCCAUCUGGAAUACGUUGUACUGAACUGCUCUCUUUAUAUAAAAAAAGGUAUUCUAAAAACCUGGAAUUUCAAAAGUAUGGAUUUGAUCGAUUAAUUAGCCUCUGCAUACAUUUGGAAAACAUUUUCUAUUAUGAGAUGGAGUCAGAUUAUGACUUCAAACUUUAUGAUAAAGAAAAUCCCCCAUUGAAUAAAGAUCAAAUAGUUAAAGGUAAUGAAGUAAUGAGUAUAUCAAAGGUCAUGCCAAAACCAGUAGAUCUUUCAUUAAUAAAAGCUGUGAAAUCUAAAGAUUGGGAAAUUCAUACAGAUUCAAUACCACAGGAUGCUCUCAAAUUAGGAGAAGUUGUGGAAAAUAAUUCACUUGAUGAAUAUGGCAUAGGAAAUACCAUUCAGAUAGUUAUAAGUGAAAUAUACAAUCCUAGUAAAUUUUGGAUUUAUAAAAAUGAUGGUCUUUUAAAUAAAAUGAUGAAUUCUAUGCAAAUUUUUUACAAGGAAAAUAAAGCAAAAUAUCUCAUUCCUGAGUUUCUACUUGAAGUUGGGCUUUACUGUGUUGUUCAUACUCUGAAUGAAUUUCAGAGAGCUCUGAUUGUCGAUCUUCUCCAUGAGAUAGGGGGACAUGUUAAGGUAUAUCUCAUAGACUAUGGAACUGUUACUAAUUUACCAAGAGAAAGAAUUUGGUAUUUGUUUAAAGAAUUUUGUACCAUACCUGCUCAAGCAGUGGAAACAAGUUUAGCUGGAAUUGAAGCAAAAGAGAGAUGUACAUGGUCUGAGCAAAGUAUUCGUAGAUUUAAGGAGAUGGUGAUUUCAAAACAGAUAUUUGCCAAAAUUCUAGAUAAAAAAGAACAUAUACUUCACAUUUAUAUUUCUGUCAUGAGUAUGCCUCUGAAAACAUUGAAUGAUUUGUUGGUUCAGGAGGGACAUGCUAAACAUGUAGCUAAUUGCAAAUUUCAGGAUGUCUAUACUAGUCCUUUGAAAGAUUCAAAUGAAGAGGUGAACCCUAGGAGAAAAUUAAUUGAGAAACUAAGAUCCAAAAACAAAAUUUUAUCAUGAUGACAUGAAAAACAUUUUUUUUAUGUGUUCGUUUUACCCCUAUGGCUGAAUAAUUUUUAUUUAUUCUUGAUAAUAUAUACAAGAAUCUAUUGUAAAUAUAUUAAUGAUAUGUUCUUUUUUGUUUUGUUACAUAAAGAAUUUAUUUGUUG